AUGAAAUCAGAGGGAAAAGGUAAAGUAAAUUUCCGAUUCGUGAAUCCAACAACGACGAUGCUCUCCGAUCUUCCAAAGGAUUUGGCAGAGGAAGUGCUCUCUAAGUUUCCGGUGACAUCUCUGAGAAGAGUGCGAUUCACUUGCAAGAAAUGGAACACUUUAUCCAAAGACCGGUCUUUUACAAGGAAGCACAUCGAUAAAGAAGAAGCAAAGAAGAGGCAGAAGAAGGAGUUUCACGUUGUGAUGAUGCUCGAUUUUAGGGUUUCUUUAUUCAGUCUCAAUCUUCUCAAACCUAAUUGCGUAGAGCGUUUAGGUCAACUUAUUAGCCUAGAUGAUGCUGAUCAAGUCGACAUUUCUAACAUCUUUCACUGCGAUGGUUUCUUGCUGUGCACCACCAAAGACAUGUCUAGGCUUGUUGUUUGGAACCCUUGUGUUGGGCAAACAAUUUGGAUCAAACCCAGAAAAUCUUUCAACAAAUUGGAUAGGUACGCUUUGGGUUACGAUGUGAUGAAGAAUCAUAAAGUUUUGAGAUUUGUGGAUCACUGUAACUAUAGAACUGAACCCUUACUUCGUGAGUUUGAAAUCUAUAGUUUUGAGUCUGAUUCAUGGAAGGUUCUUGAUGUGAAUCCGGAUUGGGAGGUAGAUUUUGUUCACCGUGGUUUGUCUGUUGAUGGGAACAGUUAUUGGUUUGCUAGAGACAAGGUUUCUAUAUGGGGAGGAGGUCAUUCUUAUUUCUUGCUGUGUUUUGAUUUCACAACGGAGAGAUUUGGACCGCGUCUGGCUAUGCCUUUUCAGCCUUUCUUUGGUGAUACUGUGGCUCUAUCUAGUGUUGGGGAUAACCAGAUUGCGGUGUUGUGUCAGCGGUCUUCUUCUCCGUAUACAUUGAAGAUUUGGAUUAGCAGUAAGAUUGAACCCAAUGCAGUGUCGUGGAACAAGUUGUUCUUAAAGGUUGAUAUGAAACCUCUCACUGGUGUUUCAUUCUCUUAUUCGGGUGGGAGUUUCUUCGUUGAUGAGGAGAAGAAGGUUGCUGUGGUUCUUGAUAAAAAAAUUGGUGGUGGAUUUGAUCCAACUCGAAACAUAGCUUAUAUCAUUGGAAAGGAGGGCUACUUCAAGAAAGUUGAUCUUGGCGAAUCUAGGAACCUAACUUGUUGGCCACUUGGGUGCUCUUAUGUUCCCAGCUCUGUGCAAAUCAACAAGAAAACAGCCUAAUCCAACACGUCUUUGUCUUGAAGAUUUUGGUUGUGCCUUUUGGUUGCAACAUAGCAUUUUGGUUGUGCCUUUGAUCUUGUAGAUUUUCUUAUCUCCCUAGUGGUUAUGCCCAGACUUGAUUAUCUUGAUUUUUGAUGGAGGACAAAGCUAUUUUGAGUACUUUUAAUAGCUGUUUUUGUCUGUUGUUAAGCAUUUUAGUGUUCAUUAAAGACCUUACUUACCAGUUUCCAUGGAUAAGCACUUGUUUUUGUGUGAUCUUGCAUAGAAUCUUUGAAGUUGUCAAA